CUCUCGGCGGACGUCGCGAGCGGGCGAGCAUGUGGGUGUUUGGUUAUGGUUCUCUGAUAUGGAAAGCAGAUUUUCCGUACGAGAAAAAGCUCGUCGGCCACAUCAAGGGAUACAUCAGACGGUUCUAUCAAAAGAGCACUGAUCACAGAGGCGUGCCCAACAGGCCUGGACGCGUGGUAACGUUGCUCGCCUCCACUAAUCCUGAUGACGAGGUAUGGGGACUCGCGUACAAGAUAUCCUCCGAGAACAUAGAAAACGUGGUGAAUCAUUUGGAUUUUCGAGAAAAAGGUGGCUACAUAAAGAAAACCGUCCUUUUCUAUCCCUGUGAUUUCUCAAAAUCUGUUCAAACUGUCAGUUCAAAUGCCAACGUGUCUUUGAACGAUCUGUCGAGAACCAGCUUCUCGACUGCAUCGCUGUCACCCACUUUGGAUGAGGCUCCGUUCUACCUCACGAUCUACAUAGGUGAAGAAGAUAAUCCAAAUUUCGCCGGUAUGGAGAGUAUAGAUACUAUUGCAAAACACAUACUUGUUUCGCGUGGCAUCAGCGGCUCUAAUGUUGAAUAUCUCUAUAAACUGGCAUCUGCAAUGCGUACGAUAGCACCUGGUGUGCAAGACGAACACCUGUUUGCCCUGGAGAGAGUCGUAAAAGAAUUGGAACAGGAGAAAGAUGAAUUGCUGGAGUAGGAUCAAUUUUCGUAAAACUUAAUGUAUUGAAAUAAAAGAAUAUGGCCAAUUGUAUCGUCAGUCUGUACAACUAUUUGAAUAUUUAUAGUUAAUUUGAUUUUCUCCCUUUAGAGAGAUUCUGAUUAAAGUUACGUAGCAAACUGCAAUCGAUAUUUUAUAAUAAAUCAUUUUUAAAGAUUUUGACCAAAAGGUUUUCAAUUAGAUUGACUGUUGGUGCAAUUGGCUGAGAAAUAAAUAAAACUUGCAUUGUCCAAAUUAACAGUAAAAACAUUGAUAAUAUAUGAUUCUGUAUAAUUAUAGGCACAAGUAUUUCUAAAUAAUGGUGAAAUAUUUAUUAAAUAAAUCGUAUUUUUACAGAA